GCUCAGACAACGACUUCCUCGGCGGGGACACAUUACAGUAUAUUCCGUUCCGUUUUUAACUCCAAACUCUGGUGUUUUAUGUGUUUUUUUAGAAUUGUAAAAUUUUAGUGGAAUUCCGAAUUAAUGUGCUUCCGUAAAAUCGACGGAAUUUGAGAAAUAGUUGAUGCGAGCUGUUUAAAUUUCUAAUAAUACAAAAAAUCUUAUGUGUCGUCUGUCAAAAGCCUGGAGGUAGGCAAUUUCGUGACACCGAAAAGGAUUUUAAAGGCAAAACGCCUGAAAGUAGACAGAAACUGUACGAAGAACUCGUUUUGCAAUGCAAUCUUGACCAAGUGCAUAGUGGGUUGUUUGAUAAGAACUUGGCUUCGUGAAAAUUUGGUGGAUCGGAAGAGUGUGUUACAUCAGUGCAGUCCGGAAAAUUUUGGGAGAACUACUUCCUGCAGCUGCUCGGGUUCUCCAACAGAAUGAUGCAAAAAUGUCAAUUAUACUAGCAAUCGUUCUUAUCGGAUUUCUGGAAGCUGGCUGCUCGCAGUAUCUAACCAACACGGUCCACAAGACUCCGGCCGCCGCCGAGAAGCCCAAUGACCUCUUCUGUUACUCGUGCAACGCCACGGAGGACGGCGAUGCGUGCGCGGAUUUGUCCGGAAAUAAUGCAACCUACGCCAAAAAAUGCUUCGCGGACGAGUUUAUCUGCAUGGUCAAACAGUUCUCGUACACGACCCACGCCAACAACGCGAACCUGUCGGAACCGAAGCUGUGGUCACUGGAGCGGAAGUGCAUCAACACGUGCGAACCGGGCUGUAUCGUAAUCGGCGAACGGACCAAACUGUUUGCCUGCACCAGCUGCUGCCAGGAAUCGCUGUGUAACGUCGGUCGAGCCGGUUCCAGGAGCGUGCUGGGCCAAACCUCUACCGCCGGAUGGUCACUGGCUGGGAUCCUCGUGGCGACACUGGCGUCGGUUCACCUGCUAGGACUCUAGUCUGGUCCCGGAUCGGAGUGUUCAAUGUUUAGACUAGACUUGCCAAAUUCCCGUUUUUAGGAAAAGAAAUCAUUUCUUGCCAAAUAGUUUGUAUAAAAGAAGCCAAACCUUUUUAGAAGUGACUCGUGAAAAUUAUGUACUUAUUCUUACUACAAUACACGAAAAGAAACGAAUUACAGAAAAAUCUGCACAUCCAAAUACACUAAUUAGCGUUUAGGAUUUUUCUUAUAAAAAAUCUAAUUCCGUCGAAUAAGUUCUCCAUGUACAAUAAACUAACAAAAGCUAUCUAUAUUAUUUUCGACCAUUUAAUGCAAAUUCAAUAAUCGUACUUUGCACCGAAAAUUUUGCUCCGCCGGCUUAAACAAAUUGGUAAAAACGUAUUCUAAAUCAGCGCACUGCUCUAUGGAUGUUAAAAGCGAUCGGUAAUAUUUUUCUAAAUUCCUUAAAAAUUCCAAAUCUAAUAUGAAUCAAGGGCCAAAUACACUGUAAGAAGCGAUGCAGAAGUUGGAUGAUGGAUGGGGCGAACGUAUCGUUCGUGAAAGUACGACAUGCCAGAGAGAGAGA